GCAGCUAUGCGCGUGCGCCUGUGCUCGCACACCAAAGUAGAAAGGAGACAGCUAGUGGUUGGCCGGGAUGGGAGACGGGGGCAGUCCCCGGAAAUAAUCUCUACCCUCAACCACCCGGAAUUGGCGAGGUAUUCUCUGCGGUGGAGAGACCUGAAAUGGCCAAAUAUCAGGGUGAAGUUCAAAGUUUGAAACUGGAUGAUGAUUCAGUCAUAGAAGGAGUAAGUGACCAAGUACUUGUGGCAGUUGUGGUCAGUUUCGCUUUGAUUGCUACCCUGGUAUAUGCACUUUUCAGAAAUGCACAUCAAAACAUUCACCCAGAAAACCAAGAACUAAUAAGGGUGCUUCGGGAACAGCUGCAAACAGAGCAGGAUGCACCUGCCACUGCUCGACAGCAGUUUUAUACCGACAUGUACUGUCCCAUCUGUUUACAUCAAGCCUCCUGCCCCGUGGAAACAAACUGUGGACAUCUCUUCUGUGGUACCUGCAUUAUUGCGUACUGGCGAUAUGGUUCAUGGCUUGGGGCCAUCAGUUGUCCAAUCUGUAGACAAACGGUAACUUUACUGCUACCAGUAUUUAGUGAAAAUGACCAGUCUCAGGAUGUUGUAUCAUUGCAUCAAGAUAUUAAUGAUUAUAACCGGAGAUUCUCAGGACAGCCCAGAUCUAUUAUGGAAAGAAUUAUGGAUCUACCCACUUUACUGAGGCAUGCGUUCAGGGAAAUGUUUUCGGUCGGUGGCCUUUUCUGGAUGUUCCGUAUCAGGAUAAUACUUUGUUUAAUGGGAGCUUUUUUCUAUCUUAUAUCACCUCUAGAUUUUGUACCUGAAGCCUUGUUUGGAAUUCUGGGCUUUUUAGAUGAUUUCUUUGUCAUCUUUUUGUUGCUUAUCUACAUCUCUAUUAUGUAUCGAGAAGUGAUAACACAGAGACUAAACAGGUGAAAAAAAAGUUUACUAAAAUAUGAGCUAAUGUGUAAAAUAAAAAAAAAAGGACCCAUGGUAGCAUACAGCGUUAGAAUAUUAUCUUACAAACUGAAGACCGCUGUAUGACAGACAUUUGAUUAUUAUUUGGCAAAUACCUAGCAAUAUAUGACUGGAAUUUUUACAUGUUGCAGGUUCUGAUAUUGAGGUUAGAAUUCUAAUAAUUUACAACUGUGUCUUAACUGUGUUGUCUGUUAAGUCUCUGGAAAAAACAUGGAAUUGUAUAAAAAGGGAUGCUUUCAUAUCUUUCUUUUCCCCCAAAUUACUCAGAUUGAUGGGAUGUGUAGUAAGGUAGUGUUACAUGUACACUUUACGCAAUGUUCCCUUCUCAAUGAGCACCUGUAUGAUAAUAUAUUGCAAUGAGAUUCAUCUAAAUAUUUUUGCUACAAUAAAAUAUUGCACAGUA